CGUCACAUCCAGCUUCGCUCGGGUGUGCUGUCUCACUGGUGAGGCCGCGUACCCGGGAAGUCCAUCUCUCUCUCUCUCUCUCUGUGUGGACCCUGCUUCUUCUCGCUUCCCGCCACCAUGGAGUACCUCAUCGGCAUUCAGGGCCCCGACUAUGUCCUCGUUGCUUCCGACCGGGUGGCCGCAAGCAAUAUUGUACAGAUGAAAGAUGAUCAUGACAAGAUGUUUAAGAUGAGUGAAAAAAUCUUACUUCUAUGUGUUGGAGAGGCUGGAGACACUGUUCAGUUUGCAGAAUAUAUCCAGAAAAACGUGCAGCUUUAUAAGAUGCGGAAUGGAUAUGAAUUGUCCCCCACAGCAGCAGCUAAUUUCACACGUCGAAACCUGGCUGACUGUCUUCGGAGUCGGACCCCAUAUCAUGUGAACCUCCUCCUGGCUGGCUAUGAUGAGCACGGAGGGCCAGCACUUUACUACAUGGACUACCUGGCAGCCUUGGCCAAGGCUCCUUUUGCAGCUCAUGGCUAUGGUGCCUUCCUGACUCUCAGUAUCCUUGACCGAUACUACACACCAACUAUCUCACGUGAGAGGGCAGUGGAGCUUCUUAAGAAAUGUCUGGAGGAGCUGCAGAAGCGCUUCAUCUUGAACCUGCCUACCUUCAGCGUGCGGGUCAUUGACAAAGAUGGCAUCCAUAGCCUGGAGAACAUUUCCUUCUCUAAGCGGGCCCUCUAACAUCACAUCCCUGUCCCUCCC